AACUUUAUUGAAUUGGGACCAAAACUGGUGAUAAAAAAUUGCGACUGUUGGUACGCGCGAGUAAGGACACAGUCGUCUUCUUCUGCUCUCUCCUUCCUCAAUUGGCAAGCCUCAGGAGAAAGAAACCACGACGAAGCUUCGUUUCUUCUUCUUCUUCCUUAGCACUCUUUCUGUAUCUCUUUCCUCUCUGUCUCUCUCUCUCUCUCUCCGCAGAAAGAGUGCUAAACCCCUCUCUCUCUCUAGCCAAGGUACCCUCUGAAACCCCUUCUAAUUUCGCUUGGAUAAUAUCAAAAUUGUCUUUCUAUCACAUGAAUUUCUCGACCCCUUUAUUGAAUUCGAGAUCUUUUUGCCGAUUUCCCAUUUGAUUGGAUCAAAACUCUAGAGUUUUUUCGUUUGCCCUGCUCGGGGGUUCUCGAUCGACCCCUGUCCGGGUUUGGAAUUCCGAAAUUUAGGGCUUGAUAGGAGGAGGGUUGGGAAUAGAAAUCAUGAUCAAACCCAAGUGGUUUUUUAGGGUGGAAAAUUCCAAAUUUCGUGGGCUUUUCAAUGGAAUUUGUACUUUGGUAUUGGUCUUCUUGUUCUACAGCCAGGAUAGCUUUCUUAGAAACCCUUCUCUGGGUAGUUCCCCUUCGGUUCUUCCUCCUCGAUGGAGCUCCAAAGUAAAUGGAUUUGGUGAUCCGGGUCGUCAGAUCGAAAUUAUUCGCCGGAGGAUUGCCGAAGUUGAUGUUUCUCCGUCCAAUUAUAGUGUCAGUGUUAAUGGGUCGGAUGCCAAUUUGAUACCAGAACCUAAUCCCCAAUUAUGCACCGGGUUGUUCAAACACGAAGGGUAUCGGAGCAAAUGUGAGUUCUUGAUUGCCCAUCCAGAGUGUACUUCCGGUGGGUAUUUGAAUUACAUUCAUUUCUUUUACUGCAGCUGUGAGAAAGUUAGCAUUUUGGGGUAUGUAGUGUUGGCAAUUUGGCUAGCUGCAUUGUUCUAUCUUUUGGGUAAUACUGCGGCAGAUUACUUUUGUUGUUCUCUGGAGAAGCUUUCGAGUCUCUUGAAGCUACCGGCUACUGUGGCCGGUGUGUCUCUGCUUCCACUCGGGAAUGGCGCUCCUGAUGUGUUUGCCAGCAUUGCUGCUUUUGUGGGUAAGGAUGCCGGGGGAGUGGGCCUUAAUAGUGUGUUGGGGGGAGCUGUCUUUGUUACUUGUAUUGUUGUUGGGACUAUAUCUCUAUGUGUGGCGGAUAAGGGGUUUCAGAUUGAUAAGAAAUGCUUUAUCAGAGAUAUAUGUUUUUUCCUCUUUACUGUUAUGUCUCUUGCCUUAAUGUUGAUGGUUGGUGAGGUUACUGUCGGGGGUGCUAUAGCGUUUGUCUUGAUUUAUGUGGUUUAUGCAUUUGUGGUCGCUGCAAACGAGCUUCUGAAGAAACAUGUUCGAAAAUUGAGGUUAGAUGCUGUAACACCAUUGCUACCAGUUAGGGGAAGUAUAUUUUCUCAGGGAAGCGAUGAAGAGGAAUCUGUAUAUGCUUCGCUUCUUGAGUCUGAAUCAGACAGUGAGGUACCUCAACUCCAAAGUAAGUUGCCACAGUGGAUGUGGGCUUCAAAUGUGGCAAUUUAUUCGAAUCACGAUAUGAAGGCUGGUUCAGACAGUUCAAGGUCAUUGUGGGGUUGGAACGAGGAUGAAACAGUGAAGGAAAACUCUUCCUCUUUUAGAUUUUUAUCACUGCUGGAGAUUCCGUUGACACUGCCAAGACAGUUGACGAUCCCUAUAGUCGAGGAGGAUAGGUGGUCCAAAGGUUAUGCUGUUGCCAGUGCUGUGUUAGCUCCCAUUCUUCUGUUAUUCUUAUGGAACACCCAAGAAGAUGUCGGAUCUCUGAGCAAGGAAAUUGCCUACUUUAUAGGCUUUCUCUGCAGUGGUGUCUUUGGCGUUCUUGCAUAUCGACACACCAGACCGGACCAGCCCCCUCGCAAAUUUUUAUUUCCGUGGGUUUUAGGAGGGUUUUUUAUGAGCAUCAUCUGGUUCUACAUUGUUGCAAACGAGCUCGUUGCCUUGCUGGUGGCAUUUGGCGUAAUUUUUGGAAUUAGUCCAUCAAUCCUUGGAUUGACUGUAUUAGCAUGGGGAAACUCAAUGGGUGAUUUAAUGUCAAACGUUGCAUUGGCAAUGAAUGGUGGAGAUGGUGUACAGAUUGCAAUGUCAGGAUGUUAUGCCGGACCUAUGUUUAACACACUUGCUGGUUUGGGGAUCUCAAUGCUGCUUGCAUCCUGGUCUCGGAGGCCGGAACCGUACAAAAUUCCCAAGGAUAACAGCUUGUUUUAUACAAUGGGAUUUCUAAUAUCAGGGCUUCUAUGGUCACUUGUUGUGCUACCCAGGAAUGGCAUGCGCCCUAACAAGACCUUAGGACUCGGCCUCAUAAUAAUCUAUUUGGUAUUUCUCUCUCUCAGGCUAGGCACCUCAACGGGAGUGCUGUGGUAGAUCUAUGACGAAGAUACCGUGGAUUGGCAACUGAGCUAAUGUUUAGAUUUCCUGACGCAUUCCGAUGCCUGUGAAGAUGGUCCGAUGGUCCGUGGACAGAAAUCUUGACCUGUGCUCGAAAUGUCUCCUUUGUUUAAAAUUCCGUGUUUUUGGCAACUCACAACGGGAAUGACAUGCUCACGCUUCUGCAGAGGCAGGGCUCCUCCACGAGAUUCUAUUAAAUGGCGAAGUCGGAGAUGCGGUUGCUUGUUCGAGAUGACGAUUGCUGGCCAAUGAAACGGGAGAGUUUGCGCUUGGAAUCAACAGAGCCUUUUGGUUUAAUCUUUAAGAGGUGUACCACGUUGCUUAAUUUGGCUGAACUUUUUGUUUAAUUAUUUGAGUUUGGUAGCUCAAAGUCAAGGAGAAUAUUUAAAAGCGUAAAUCUCUUCGAAGGAGGGCGUUCAGGUUCGUUGUUCUUACGUUAACUUGUUUGGUGUCCGAUUGGACUACAGUUCAAAGAUUCUUUCACAUC